GAGGGACGGAAGAGCAAGGGAAGGAGAAAUGCCACUGGGGGGGUUUGCGGGGCUAAAGGAGAAGCUCAAACCGGGGAAGGAGGAGUUGAAGAACAGUGUGGGCGACUCUCUGGGGAACCUGCAGAAAAAGAUUGACGGUUCUAAUGCGGCUGAAGAGGACAACAUUGAGCUGACAGAAGAUGGUCGGCCAGUGGCGGCCCCUGAACGCAGCCCACCCAUUUUGGAUUGUGGCUGCUUUGGCCUCCCCAAACGUUACAUCAUAGCCAUCCUCAGCGGACUUGGCUUUUGCAUCUCAUUUGGCAUUCGCUGCAACCUCGGUGUAGCCAUUGUCGAAAUGGUUAACAACAACACGGUCUACAUCAACGGGACUGCAGUCAUGCAGCCAGCACAGUUUAAUUGGGAUCCAGAAACAGUGGGAUUGAUACACGGCUCAUUUUUCUGGGGCUACAUUGUCACUCAAAUCCCGGGAGGUUUCAUCUCCAAUAAGCUAGCAGCUAACAGGGUGUUUGGAGCAGCCAUUUUCUUGACGUCAGUGCUAAACAUGUUUAUUCCAUCAGCUGCCAGGGUCCACUAUGGCUGUGUCAUGUUUGUGCGAAUCUUACAAGGACUGGUGGAAGGUGUAACAUAUCCUGCCUGCCAUGGGAUGUGGAGCAGAUGGGCUCCUCCACUGGAAAGAAGUCGUCUGGCUACUACCUCGUUCUGUGGAUCUUACGCAGGAGCUGUGAUAGCCAUGCCACUGGCUGGAAUAUUAGUGCAGUAUGUAGGCUGGCCCUCUGUCUUCUAUAUAUAUGGGGUGUUUGGCAUAAUAUGGUAUAUUUUCUGGCUCUUGCUGGCUUAUGACAGUCCCGCGAUCCAUCCCACCAUCAGUGAGGAAGAAAGGACAUACAUCGAGACUUCUAUUGGGGAAGGAGCCAAUUUAAUGAGUGCUACUGAGAAAUUUAAAACUCCUUGGCGUGAAUUCUUCACAUCUAUGCCUGUCUAUGCCAUCAUUGUGGCAAACUUCUGCCGUAGCUGGACCUUUUACCUCCUGCUCAUUAGUCAGCCAGCUUACUUUGAAGAGGUCUUUGGGUUCCCCAUCAGCAAGGUGGGCAUUCUGUCAGCGGUGCCACACAUGGUGAUGACGAUCAUUGUGCCGAUUGGAGGCCAGCUGGCUGACUUCCUGAGGAGUCGGAAAAUCCUGUCUACUACAACCGUGCGCAAAAUUAUGAACUGUGGGGGUUUUGGCAUGGAGGCCACGUUGCUGCUGGUGGUUGGGUUCUCACACACACGUGCAGUGGCCAUCUCAUUCCUCAUCCUGGCGGUGGGCUUCAGUGGAUUUGCGAUAUCAGGAUUCAAUGUAAACCAUCUGGACAUAGCUCCUCGCUAUGCCAGUAUUCUUAUGGGCAUCUCUAAUGGAGUGGGUACCCUGUCUGGAAUGGUGUGCCCUCUCAUUGUUGGAGCCCUCACCAAACACAAGACCCGUCUGGAGUGGCAGCACGUCUUUGUGAUUGCUUCCAUGGUGCAUUACACUGGCGUGGUCUUCUAUGCCAUCUUCGCCUCUGGUGAGAAGCAGGACUGGGCCGAUCCUGAGAGCACCAGUGACGAGAAAUGCGGCAUCAUAGGGGAAGAUGAGCUGGCUGAUGAGACCGAGCCCAACAGCGACAGUGCACUAGCCACCAAGCAGAAAACCUACGGAACCACAGAAAGCUCUGCGGGCCGCAAGCAAGGCUGGAAGAAGAAGAGAGGGGUGACCAUGCAAGCGGAUGAAGAUCACGGAUCAAAUCAUUACGAAAAUGGGGAAUAUCAGAAUCAGGAUCAAUGACAUUUUGGUCACCAAACGCCCGAGACUGAGACCUGAGGUGUAGGAGUGUUUAUUUAAGUAACCCACCCUGGGAAUACAACAUUCCACCUGACAUUUGACACAACAGUAUAUUUGAGUUGUGAAGAUAUAUUUUGGAUGGCUUCCUUUAUGAUUUCAACCUGCUGUAGAAGGCCAAGGAACAGUCACAUGAGAAUGAUCUGUGAGUAGUUAAUUUGACAAACAUAGGCAGACGUAGUUUCUGCGUCUAUACUACCUGUUUAAAAGUUCAGUACAAUAUUUAAAAAAAAAUCAUAAUUUUUUAUUUAGCGAGGAGGCAUUAAAUUGGUCAAAAAUCACAGUAAUAACAUUUAUAAUGCUACAAAAUAUUUAUAUUUUAUCAAAUGCUGUUCUUUUGAACUUAAUAUUUAUUAUUUUUAUUUAUUAAAUAAUGUUUUUUAUCAUAUUAGCAUGAUUUGAGAAGGAUCAUGUGACACUGAAGACUGAUUGGAGCAAUGACUGCUGAAAAAAGUAACUUUAAAUGUUUUACUGUAUUUUUGACCAAAUAAAUGCAGCCUUGAUGAGCAUAAUUGAAUCAUGAUGUGCUCUCAAUAUAAACGUCUGAAUAUCAUUGCAUUACAAAAUUUUAAACCAUGUGGCAUCCCCUGUUUUUUUUGCAUAUAUACCUAUAUUUAUUUUAUAAUAAAAAAAAAAAAAAAACCUUUACGAAACGGCUUGUUUCAAAAUAGUUUUUGUGCUAUAUUGCUCAACAUUAAUUGGGUAUUUCGUGAGUAUGCAAUGACAUUCGUACAAUUUUAAGAUGGGCACAAGUGGACACUGUAUUUCAGUCAAACAACUAAACGAAGAACAAACAAAUAGUUAUUAAAUCAUAACUUUAUUCCAAAGUCUUUUUAUAUCUACCAUACUGCAAGGCUGACAGCAACAUAUUCAUCAGCUCUUUUUUAUUUUAUGAUUUUAUGUUUCGAUUGUUGUCAGCUAUGCAAAGAAAGCAGGUGUGUAGUGCAUUAACAGGUUAAAGAGUCCAUGGCUUUUCUUGCAUGCAGUUGUACAGCCUCCAAAAACCUUUUUGCUGAAUUCGGCACAUCUCAGAGAGUAUUGUUUUAUCAUAAAAGUAAAUAAUGGUCUAUAGUGGUCCUUUUAAAAAAGCAGUAUGUCCACCGUUGAUAUCUCAUAGUUCAGUUUAUCGUUUACAUAUGCAUAGGUGGAAGAGCUUUGAUGAAGUUUGGUUGAAUAUGUAGAAAUUAACCAUUUUAGUACUUAUAAAAUAGAAUAUGGAUUUAAAAAAAAAAGAAACAAUCCGCAAUGUGCCUGAUUAUUUUCUUUUUUUGCACAAUACCUGUUAAAAAAGACAUUUCAUUGCUUGCAUGGAUGUCAAGAUGAUUGUGCACUUUACCAUUGCAUCACUGUAACUGAUGUCUCUUUAAAUGUUUAU